AUGAUCCACCAACAUUUGUUGUUUGUCAAUCAAUUUAUUUUUAUUUUUAAUUCACAAAAUACUUCUACUCUCGAAUCAUCGAAUGAAAAUUUAACUUGGCCAGAUAAUUCAUUUAUGCCUCAUAGUAUUGAUAUCAGCGAAAAUUUUGGUAUCAUAGCAGAAUUUAUUCAGAAUGCUAUAGAUGCAAUUAUAAAGUAUAGUCCAAUAAUUUAUCUCAUUAAUUUUAAUUCAUCUAAUCAUCAUCCAGUCGUUAUUGAUCAAUACAAACCUACUGCUACAAAUGAUUCAGUAUUUUUAAAUAUUGUGUCAUCACCGUUAUCAUUAGCAUUACUUGAUACUGAAGGAAAUGUAUUGAUAUUUGUUCCAACACCGCAAGGUUUCUAUUCAUCUGUUAGCGAUACAGGAUCAAAACCAUUCAUUACAUCAAAACAUUCAUGUAUGCCAAUAUAUGAUGUAUCUCAAUUAGCAUUAGAAACAACAUUUCAAGUUAUUGCAUAUCCACAUUCAUUAUCCGUUACUAUUCCUUUACUGUAA